UCCCAUUCCUCUAAACCGCAUUCACAUUCAUAACAUAAAUUUUCCUUGUCUAUAUAAACACUCACUCCCCCAACUCUCUCUAUCAUUCAUCACUACACACUUCUCAUUUUGCAAACAAUCAAAAUCCCCUAAAACUAAGAAAAAUGGCUGGUCUAAUGAAAUUGGCAUGCUUGGUCUUGGCCUGCAUGAUUGUGGCCGGUCCAAUCACAACGAACGCGGCUCUAAGCUGUGGAACCGUUAGCGGUAACUUGGCAGCAUGCAUUGGCUACUUAACCCAAAAUGGGCCCCUUCCCAGAGGGUGCUGCACCGGCGUUACUAAUCUAAACAACAUGGCCCGUACAACCCCGGACCGUCAGCAAGCUUGCCGUUGUCUUGUAGGAGCCGCUAACUCCUUCCCUACUCUCAACGCUGCCCGAGCUGCUGGACUUCCUAAGGCAUGUGGAGUCAAUAUUCCUUACAAAAUCAGCAAAAGCACCAACUGCAACAGCGUGAAAUGAGCGACAGUGUGAUGAAGCUUCAGGGGACGUUUCGAAUAUUAUAAUAUGGAUCAGAAUAUUAAAUAAGAUAUGUUCGAAUGCAUGUUUUAAAAAUGUUUUAUAAUUUCCUUCUUUUUUAUUUUAAUAUGGUGAUCCUAUAUUCCUAUGAACUGGUCGUUUGUACUAUGUUAUCGAACAACGUUAUAUGAAAUUCAGAUUUGAAGUUUAUAUUCUUCCGUGUUGUACCGCCUCUUCACGAAGCCUUAAUAUAUAAA